UGUCACUCACAAGCACUCGCAUUCCCUCGCGUCACUCGAAAAGCCACUUGACCCUAUCCUGACUUCCACGUACACUGCAGCCGUUGUACAGUUUGCCACGGAACUUGAAGUCCUCAGUUUGGGAGAGAAAACAUCCUAGGCGGGCAACAGAAGUACUCUACCAGCAUAUCUGCACUGCAGCGAAAUCUUGAUACUUUUCGCCUAGAAAUUCACUGUUCUUCAGUUCAAAAAAAGAAAAAAGAAAACCACUGUUCGUCCCGUCCCUACAUCGCCCCCAAGGUCAACACUGAUAGUAGUAAUAGGAAGCGUCCAAUUAUAUGCAGCAGACAAGGAAAUGUUCACCAAUCACCACCUCCGGAAUCGUGUUAAUCAAACCGAAUCUAGAUCGCAUCAUUCUCCUCUUAAAUUACCGCUGCUGCUACUACAUGUCCCACACGGAACAACAUCAGUUCAUCCCUGCAGUCUGCCGCCCAUGGCGAUGGCAUCCUCCGCCGGCGGCCCGCUGCUCCCCGGCGGCGAGGACCGCCGCGGCUGGAGGUUCCACCUCCCGGCGUCCAUCCGCCUGAAGACGUCGGUCUGGUCGGAGCUGGGCGGCGCCGUGGGCGACCUGGGCACCUACAUCCCCAUCGUGCUGGCGCUGUCGCUGGCGUCGCACCUCGACCUCGGCACCACGCUCAUCUUCACGGCGCUCUACAACUUCGCCACGGGGUUCCUCUUCGGGAUCCCCAUGCCGGUCCAGCCCAUGAAGUCCAUCGCCGCCGUCGCGCUCUCCUCCGCCCACCUCACCGUGCCUCAGAUCAUGGCCGCGGGGCUCGCCGUCGCCGCCAUCCUCCUCUUCCUCGGCGCCACGGGCCUCAUGACCCGCCUCUACCGCGUCCUCCCGCUCCCCGUCGUACGCGGCGUCCAGCUCUCCCAGGGCCUCUCCUUCGCCUUCACCGCCGUCAAGUACAUCCGCUUCGCCCAGGACUUCUCCCGCUCCUCCUCCGCCUCCACCGCCGCGCCGCGCCCCUUGCUCGGCCUCGACGGCCUGCUGCUCGCGCUCGCCGCGCUCCUCUUCAUCCUCUUCACCACCGGAUCCGGGGACGACGAAGACCAAGACGUCGUCGUCAGAGACGGCCGCCGUGCUCGCUCCUGCAGCCGCGUCCCCGCAGCUUUGAUAGUGUUCGCGCUUGGGUUAGUACUCUGCUUCGUUCGUGACCCGUCCAUCUUCCGAGGGCUCCAAUUCGGGCCGGCGCCGUUGGGAUUGGUGAAGAUUACCUGGGACGACUUCAAGAUCGGGUUCUGGGAGGCCGCCGUGCCGCAGCUCCCGCUCUCCGUGCUCAACUCCGUGAUCGCCGUCUGCAAGCUGUCCUCCGACCUGUUCCCGGAGCGGGCCGAGCUCUCGCCGGCCAGGGUGUCCGUCAGCGUGGGCCUGAUGAACUUCGUCGGCUGCUGGUUCGGCGCCAUGCCGUGCUGCCACGGCGCCGGCGGGCUGGCCGGCCAGUACCGGUUCGGCGGCCGCAGCGGCGCCUCCGUCGUGUUCCUCGCCGCCGGCAAGCUGUUGCUCGGGCUGGUGUUCGGCAACUCGUUCGUCACGAUCCUCGGGCAGUUCCCCAUCGGCAUACUGGGCGUCAUGCUGCUCUUCUCCGGCGUCGAGCUCGCCAUGGCGUCGCGCGACAUGGGGAGCAAGGAGGAGUCCUUCGUCAUGCUCGUCUGCGCCGGCGUCUCGCUCACUGGCUCCAGCGCCGCGCUGGGGUUCAUCGCGGGGAUCGUGCUGCACCUGCUGCUGCGCCUCAGGGAGGUGGACUUCAGAGAGCUCCUCUGUCGAUUCAGAACGGGGCGGCGAUUAUCGGUCACUAAGGCUGGGGAAGACAGUGCCGGAGAUGCUUGAAGAAUACACAAAUUUACUGUAUUUCUACGUGUAGCCCUUUGCUAGUACGGAGUAUUUCUCUGUGGCCCUUCUGCUAUUGCAAUCUUGUAAGUACAUAAAUACGCAAAUGUAUUCUAAGAUUUAUAUUUUGACUAA